AUGGACGCCCCGACGCCCCCGCCCCCGCCUGCAGCACUCUCGCCUCCGCCGCCUCCUCCGCCCCCGACUCUCACUGGCUCUCCAACCGAUUUUCUCAAGGGCGUCGUCGGCAAGCGCGUGGUUGUUCGUUUGACUUCAGGAGUUGACUACCGCGGCGUCCUCUCCUGCCUCGACGGCUAUAUGAACAUCGCCCUCGAGCAGACCGAGGAGCACGUCGACGGCGCCGUUACCAAUCGCUAUGGGGAUGCGUUCAUUCGUGGAAACAACGGCGAGUAA